CAUAACCGACACAAAAAGCGGCAACCUCUUCAGGAAGUUCAAAAUUUAGUUAACCAUGUUGUGCAGCAGGAACCACCUCAACAAUCACAACAACCACAGCAAAACACAAAUGGAAUCAUUGAAUGGCUGUUCCCCACAAGUAUCUGCCAAACCCAAAUAGGUGGAAGACCAAUUGCAAGUAAUGCUUGCACAAUUAUUGCUUCAAUGUGGUGCCGGAAGUUUCUUUUAAAAACAUUGGCCAUCCCAUCUAACAAAAGUGAUAUCCGAGCUAUGACAAGCAGCUACAAACAAACAAUUUUGAUUGGGAACUUAUUGUAUCAAGGUUUGAAUCUACCUAACAACCAACCAAAUUUGGAAGUUCGAGAUGUGGUCAACAAGAUCAAGGAUCUGAACUUGCAAAUUUUGCACGAUUUGGGAUUCUUCAAUGUGGAUGACAUUAAAAAAAAUUUGUUCAUAUGCUUCAAGGAGGGAAAAGGCAUGCUGGCGUUUUGAUUAUCCCACCAGCCAAUUCAGUGGCCAUACUUAUUGAUAAUGGAAACCUGGCUGUGUUUGACAGUCAUCAGCAUGGCAAUCAAGGUGGUCUAGUUCUCGUAUGCAAGCUUGCAGAAAUACAUGAACUUUUCCAUUAUCUUGGAGAAAAACAUAACUUGUGUGGCAGCAACUUUGCCGAACUUGUUAUGAAUGUAAUAUAGAGCAUGACAUAAUUUGUUGGGAAAUGUUCAAUUUAAAUAAAAUAUUGCAAAUCAAUGUACAUUUAUAAGAAGUCAGUAAAUAUAUCGUUUUCAAUCAUUUCAAUAAUUUGUGUUUUAUUGUACAAUUAGUGAACACAGGCAAAUGAAGGCAUCUAUUAAAAAUCAUUCAAUUGGUUGAUUAACUAAGUUGAAACUUAAAUAAACAAAGCAAGUUGCUAACGGUAUAUGUGAAACAAACCAAUGCCAUUCAUCAGACAAAUACAAUUAAGUAUUAAACAAGAUUCUAUUUUUGAGAAAAAAUUGUAUAAAGGUUGAGCUCAACUUUUGUAUGAUAUUCAGACAUUGAAAAGUUUAUUUAUUAUUAAAUUUACAUGACCAAGUUUGGCUUUGAAAAAAACAUAUUCGAAAUAUAAAUGGUACUAAAGUUACUUCUAGCAAUACAAGAAAGCUAAAAAUGCCCAUUUGUAGUGGGAAAGCACAUGCAACUCUUCGCGUGAAUCGCGCCAUAUUAGCCUCCUGCACAUAAUAAUAGUAAUUUCAGCCGAAAGGAAUCCCAGUUGUUUGGAAUGUAUUUUAACAGCAUGCUCAGUCGCUCAGAUUAUAGCGUGCGCUUUUAAAGGCGAAAUUUGUCUUGAAGGGCAAUUUUUCACUCAAAACGAUUUUGAAUUUAUUUUUUCCACAACUCUAGAGGAUUCAAAAAUAGGAUCAUAAUUUUGGAGAUUUCGGUUAGAUUUUUUGUAAUUUGGCUCUGUAGGGACACGGUUUAAACACUGAAUGAGAUAAGAAAAUACAACGAGAUAUAAUUUAAAAUAUUUUUUGUUCUAGAAGGAGUAACGGGUUGAUUUUCCUAUACAAGAAUGAACAAAUUAGAACCAGAAACUAUGACAAAAGAUGAACCUAGUAGUUCAAAUAGAUUUGCGAUCCUUUUAUCCAAUAUACCGGGCAUCAAAAGUGAACCAAUAUGCAAUGUUUGAAAUACAACCCAGGAUUUCAAUGGGAAGGGCAAUUUUUAUGUCAACAAAAUACUGCUUAUCGAAAGCAAUAAACAAUCGGAUUACAAAAUUUAGUACAAAAAAUUUGGAGAUUUCGUCAAGAUUUUGAGCUGUCGGAACUUUGCUUGCCAUACCCCUGUCCUGGGCCUAGAACGUCAACAGCUGCGAAGGCAUGUGAACUUUUUCCUCACCCUGUACAAACGUGAAAUUAUCUGGGGAAAACACAACCAGAACUGACACCUAAAGUUGUAAGGAACAUCUUACGUACCUUCUCUGGUUUCAUUCAGCAAACGUGUAGCUGACAGACCCUUCUUUCAGCACGCGCGUGGCAAAGUUGUGUUCAUUACAUCGGUCUACUUCUUCGUGUAUAGAUGUGCUCAUCACUCUCACAAAUUUGGCUCAAAUCACUUUAAAAUUCGUCCUCUAUCAAACCAUGGGUACCAGUUCAAGUACAAGUUUGUUUUACGCCUUUUAAGCAAGCGAGUUACCGCACAAUUCACGAAUAAAUACAACAGUGUGAAAGGCACAACUACAAGUCCAAACCAAGGUAUCUUUGUCGCCAUUAUUUGAACAAAAUUUACCGUUAAAAAGGACAUAUUUAACAUCUGAAGCAAAGUUGGUGUGCUAAUAAAGAACUCACCAUUCUUUAAAUAUCUUGAUCAUCGCUGAGAGAAGUUCAGAUCUCAAACAAACUUUCUCUUUGUUGUUUUGAUUCAAAAUUCGAAUUCCAACGAAAAAAUCAGAUUGUGCCAGCAAUUUCUCUGCACAGCGACAACAAAUUUCCCAGCUGCUCAGACAUACAGUACUGUCCGUUGAGAAAAGCAUUUGCUGGUCAUUUGCACUUUUCGUGUCUGACAGUGUCCAUGUUCGGCUGCUAAUUUUCAGGCUUGCUAAACAUAGUUUUUUACGUUUGUUUGCCGAUUGAGAAACGUACUAAAAAUGUAAAAAAUGAAUAUAGUCUUAACCAAGUGGAAAAGUAUACAUUCAAAAGAUUCUCUUAAUAAUGAAACUGAAAUUGAGCAUUCACGAUAUUUGUGUACUAUUGUAUACAGGGUGUUCCCCAAAAAAGUGACACUAUAGAAAUGAUCCUAUUGUUAUAAUUUGAAUUAGCGAUGCAGCUAUAUCCAUGUCGGUGUAUCGGUAUCGGCGUAAACACAGUUGAAUGGAAUUUUUAAUUACCAGACGCAUGAAAUUCUGUGCUUAACAACAGUAGGAUAAUUUUUAUAGUGCUACUUUUUUUGGACACCCUGUAUAAUAUGUGUGUUCGUUUACUUUAGGUUGGCGAAAAUUCCAUGUUAGAGACCAGUUGUGGGUAAGUUAUAUUUCAACCUCUCUCUACUCAAUGCGAAGAUUUGUGCAAGAAAAAUGCAGCAGCGAUUUUUGAUUCUAAUUUCCCCUCGAUUCCAUCAGUUUCGGUAUCUGACGUCAUUUUGAAGUGAGGCAAGUGGGAACUGUCAUCAGGUUAACGAGAUUUCACAAAACAAAACGAUGGCAAAGACAAUCAGACACCCGCGAUCAUUAACUGGAUGGCACUAUUUAUAAUAAUUAUGUAACAUGGCAUGUGAGUGAGUUAUAAAAUGGUUAAGAACGAAAGGGUUGUCUGAUUUUGUCUAUUGUUAAUUUUGACCAUGAGGAUUUUAUAGAACGGUUGGUAGGUAGUUUUAAAUGCCCCAAAUAUGAGCGUAUACUCGCCUUGACUUGGUUGUAGAGGUGGAAAAUGUUUUUUUCCUUUCUGGGUUUUAUGACUCAAAAUUUUCUACAAAAGAUUGCAAUAUAUAGGGAAAAAAUACCAAACUUGUCAUUUGUGACCUUACAUGGAUUAUGUUCAUUAAGAUGUGUUGUUGUGUGGAGCAAGACUGACAAGGCAUACAAGAUAAAUCCUAAAGUAGUCAUGGUAGUUACAGUCUGACAGGACUAAAAACAGAUUUCCUAUACUGUUAGGCCAUGUGGAUAUUUUCGAUGAAAGUUUUCCGCUGUAAUUUAUGUAACAAAUACUGAGUGUCGGGAAAACCCAACAGGACAAUGUUUGAUUUCAUGUAACGUAAAAGCUAUAAAAGCUAUCGCAAUUCAUUUAGGAAGGACUAACGUAUAUUUUGAUAUAAUAGCACUUGAAUUUACAUGCAAUAUUGACGGCGCUAUUGAUGUUUGAACGUUGAAUAUUGUUUUUGAAAAUGCCAAAAUUAGCAUAAAACAUGCAACCUUAUAAUUACCGAUGUAUUGUUAUACUUGUUAAAUAAUAUUAAAUGUUUUUAUUUUAACUGUAUCUCGCUCAUUAUUGCAUGUAAAUUUAAGUAUACUGUUGCUGUAUAUAUCAAAAUCUAACAAGCCUUAAAAUAUCGGUCGGUCACGGACAUUGUCCGACCCAUUCGUGAAAUUGUCCGACUAUAGAGAGGGACACCACCGGACAUUUUGUCCGACCAAAGUGAAACUGAGGUUUAUUGUUUGUCCGACCCGAGUGUAUUGGUGUCCGACCGAAUUGUAGCUUUGUCCGACGUAAAUCAAAAUGUACCGGCUGACUAGAGGCUUGUAUGUUAAAUGGAAAAUCAGAGUACUAUUGUAUAAAAGGUGAACUGGAAAUGUUGUUUUAACGUAGUCGAGCGCAAGUCUUUUUUAGUACUGCUGUUCUGCAAAGCAAGUUAAUUUUGGCUUGGAAAUAAGUAUGAAAGAAACAAAUUAUUUUUUAUCUUUACAACAUUUACCGUUUAUUCAUAAUUCAUUUGUGUCAUUCAGACUUAUUUCCGAGUCAAAACUGAACUGAAGGUCAUCGGACAUAUGUCCGACCCAAACUCAACGUCACCGGACAUUUUGUCAGACGGCCCUGUAAAAGAUAUUUUAAGGCCUGCGACUAAGUUAGUCCUUUCUGAAUGCAUGCAAUGAUUGUUAUUUCAUUGCGAUAGCUUUUAUAGCUUUUACGUUACAUGAAAUCAAACAGUCGUGUCCAGUUUUUUUUUGGACCCCGGUAGAUUUAUUUGGUAUCAAUAAUCCGGUAUUUAGUAAUUUAGAUAUUCAAUCAGUGUUAAUUUCAGAAUUAGCAAACAUCAAAAAAUGUGUGGGAAAAUUUCUGCAGAAAUGUUGAUCCCAGAAAAAUUUCUGGAAACUAUAGGUUCCCAGGUAUCCUGAUACUUCUUCCACCUCUCGAACAACCUUACGUAUAGUCAGCAACCGUGCAUUUAGCUACACUGUUAAAACUGGGCUUUUACCGAAUAAUGUACUGUUAUUUUUUUCAGUAAUGUACUAUAAUCUUUUACAGUGAGUACACGGUGAUUGCAAAUUACGGUGUAAUAGACUGUUUUUAAUAAUUAGCUGCAGCCUUUUUGCGGUUAACAAAUACACACUUCGGUUAAAUAACUGUGUAAAAUGACUGUACAUUCUCUUGCGUCUCAGGUGUUAAGACCGUGUUGACCAACUGCACUUUAAGCACACUUUUACUAUAUGACGCGUUUUCAAGCAUGAGUGUCAUUUUACGCUGAAUGUUCUGUUUGUAGGUCGCCACAUUACGCAUGUCCUGAAGUAGUCAAGGUAUAAAUUUAUACAUUUAUGAGAUAUUGUUUACCUGAUGUAGUAUAUACAGCAACAGGACGUCCUUUUAUCGCAUUGCGUAGAAUUCCAAGAACAUGAGUGCUGCUGCUACAGCAGUGAACAGCUGCGCUACUAGAUCUGGAUAGUUCAGCCUGAAGUGGUUCUUGUAUUUUGGCUACUUCGUUGCCUGAAUUUCAUUUUCAUAUGUUUGUUGCAAGACUUCGAAUUUUACGCAAUGUGAGGAUUUCACAAUCUUAAUUAUAAAUAGCUAUACUGCAUGUAUACAUGCAGUUUUGGCGUAGUUCUCACUCAAGUGAAUAUAUUUAUUUAUGUUGAUAGCUAUACUGCUUCUGUCAAACUAUCACGUUCUACCAACGUUCGCCUUACUACUAUCAGAAUUUCCGAGGAAAACGUCUGAUACUAGAGAUAGCCAAACACAUUUUUUCACUUAUAAUUUAACCUAUCAAUCGAAUUUUGUAGAUUAACGAUGUCUCUCUGUUAUAUUUACGUCAUGUAGGGCAUAAAAUACGACGGGAGAAAAGCAGACAUCUGGAGUUGUGGAGUGAUUCUAUAUGCUCUAGUUGUGGUAGGAAAAAUUAUUGUAUUUCUAUAAGUUACGCAUGCAUAUCAAGUUUACUGUGUUUCUCAAGAAGCGUCUAAGCCCUGACAGGAAACGAACCUCGCAAUCUCCGGAAAGACACUCUAACUAGUUACAAAAGUGAGUUUGGCAACUGGCAACGCCAGGAAACAAAAUUAUCAUAACGUACAUGUAUUGCAGUUUGAACAACUACGGCUUACAGAAUGCUCAAGGGAAUACAACGUAUAGUCGGCUUUGCCUUAAGCCUGGUUCACACUAUAGUGAGAUACGUAAGCACAAUCAUAAGAAAAGACAAAAUAGGCCUAAAAUAAAGAAAUACAGUGACGCAUGCGACAUAACUUUCGACAUAAGCACAAGCUAAGGGAAACUGAGGGAAACAAAAGACAUUGAAAAGAAAAUUGUGUUUGCUUUCUCUGUCUCAAAGAUAAAAUUUUAUUUUGUAUUCCCGCUUAUGCUUGUUUCACUCCUGUGAACCAGACUUUAGAGUACAUGUACAAUAUUGUAUUGUUAAUGAUCACGUCUUCGUUGCCGUUGUAUUUGCCAAACUCACUGAAGUGUCUGAUGGGGGAGACAAUGUUACAUUAUAGAGUUGUAUGUGCGUUACAUGACUACUAUUUGCAUGUCCAAUUAUCAGGAGGUUAUGUGUUUCGACUCCCGUCAGCGCUGGGAUGUUUUCUGAGAUAUAACCUUAAUUGCUACGCGCGCACAACUAGUGGAAAUUCCUUGCAUGCUGUGUUGUACUGCAAAAUUUGAACAUAGGUCUCCGGACAAAAUAAUGAGAUACAGCGCAUUGUUUUUCGUAAUUUGAUUUUUGACGUCAGCCAUUGACCUGCAACCAGUGAGCUCCAUAUAUACCUGGAGUGAGAACUCAAGUCCAAAAAGUGAAGUCAGCUUCGUGUUAACCGCGCAGAAAAAAACAACAGAAAGGGAAUGAGAAUGAUGUGCAAUCAAUAAGUCAAUAACUCCUUCAAUUUCCGCCAUCUUGGCAAGGAGUGUACCGAAAAUUCGCAUUUUGACUUCGAUUGAAAGGCUAAUAUUAUGAUUUUAUGAACUGAAAACUUGAUUAGCGACACGGUCCGUUAAAAAAAAACUGGAUUCAGCUGGAAAAUGGUAUAUAAACUGUUUACGACCUUCAGAGCUACUGGACGUCAAUGACCGCCAUCUUGGCUUCACUUUUCUCAUAGUCCGAAUGACUGAAGUUCUUACUCCAGAUAUAUAUAUAUAUAUAUAUAUAUAUAUAUAUAUAUAUAUAUAUAUAUAUAUAUAUAUAUAUAUAUAUAUAUAUAUAUAUAUAUAUAUAUAUAUAUAUAAAUUAAAAAUUAAAGAUUAAAACCUAAGAAUGUUCAUUAAAAAUUGAAAAGCACUACAGUUCUGUUUCGAGAGGCCCUUUCUAGAUCCUCUCUCUUCAGGUGCAUGAUCAGAUUACACUAAAAUAUGCCAUUUAUAUACCGAUCGUUCAUAGUCAUAAAGCCUAACCGUUUUUAAUUAAAAAUUUAUUUGCAUGACGGCAUGCACUAGCCAGUUCGUUUCUUUUGUUUAGAGUACAAGUUUCCGGUUUGCAAAUGAUGAAAUAUUUUUCCAUUAUACAUAAAUUACAUUUUUUCCCAGUGUUUGAAUACGGAUAUAUAUAUAUAUAUAUAUGGAGCACACUGCCUGCAACACGCUGUACAGCACGCGAAAUGGCGUGAGCAACACCACUUGUGAGUUCUUGGUUGGAAUGGUCGCGCGUAUUUGUUGAUAUAACAUAAAGUUUUGUUUUCGCGAUUAUUGCAUAAGAGAUUUUGCGAGGAUUAAUAUGUCGGGCUACCUUAAUCCUACACGACUGAUAGUCUGAUAUACUGGUUACGUUGGUUGUCGUGCAACAAGAUCCUACAGUAUGGAUCUCGGAAUAAGUCGUGGCCGAAACCGAGACACAAACUGGUUGCACAUGCAGGUGGAGUUCUUUACAUAAUAUACUGUAUUCUUCAUUUUGCAGGGCGUUCUACCCUUUGAUGACGAUAAUUUGAGACAUUUACUGGAAAAGGUUUGUGCUAGUUCUCUUGUAUUAGAGAAUAAACACGGUAUAUAAUGUGAACGGUGCGAAUAAUCGUUGGAAAGUAGCAUAGACUGAUAUUUUGUGCAAGACACAAUUAGGAAUUGCGGUCGCAAAUGACACCUAAAAAACGAGCUAGUUCAUCUUAACUGAGCAAUAUAUGAGCAUCGUAGACUCCGGCCGAUUAAUUUACGAGUUUCGAACGUAAUGCGAGAAACGAGUAAAAGCUCGGCAGGAUUAUAUUUCAAACCAUUCAAUAAGUUUUUAUUAUAUGACGAACCUCAAAAAUAGAUUUCCCUGGCUUUUUUCGAAGAAUUGGCAUGCGUUUAAUUGGCGCAGUACUGUAAACUGCAAAUCUUUUCAGAAUUUCAGAUGCAAUGAAAACAAACAUCCAGAAACAAAGUUACGAAAUUGCAUACCAAAUUAGGAACAACUUUUCUUGAACAACUUGAAUUGAAUUGGAUAAAAUAUCAAAAACAAAGAAAACUUGUCAAUCAAGUGUCUCAACCAACUAAAGUUUUAUCUGCCACAAGCAAGAAAUCUGUUUUGAGUUGAUUACAUGAAAUAUUGCGAUUAAAAGUAUUUAAAAAGGUGAAUUAAGUGAAGAAAUAGUACCUAAAGAACAGAUUUCUUCAACUCUUCAUUGUUAUAACCAUGUAUACUGGCGAUUCUGCAAUCGAAAAAUGCAGUUUUAGGCGCAACGAUGACUGAGGUUUUUUGUAGGAGCCCAAUAUUUUACGCCCAAACAGCCCAAUUACUUCAAAAAUGUUCAAGUAAGUUGUAAUGAUUCGCAACAUUUCAUGAAAUGCAACAUUUCGCGGCCAAACUUUUUUCUUCCCCAACUUACUGCCAUAUCGUAACACUGUAUUUUUGUGCUUUUUUUAGGUUAAAAAAGGAGUAUUUCGUAUUCCAGAUAAUGUUCCGUCUGAAUGUCAGAGUCUUAUUAAAGAAAUGAUUAAAGUAGAUCCAAUUAGAAGAAUAUCGGUAUGUUUUGAAAAUUAAUAAUAGUUAAUAAUGUAAGAUACUGUUUAUUUAAAGUCCAGGCGUUCUUAUCAGUUUAGAAAUAUUGUGAUAUGGUUUAAAAAGUAUGGGUAUAUAUCAUACUUUACUUGAAAUGAUCGAAGAUCGUAGUAUAUUUUCAAGAUUUUCAUGGUGGUUUGCAAAUGCGAAAUUGGAAAUUAUGUGAAGUUCAGUGAAGUUCUUUCCUAUCAUUUCAGGUCAAUAUAUUAUAAACACCAUCACUUUAUAUAACCAAUGAAAAUAGUUAUUUAAUUUUGAAGCAAUAUUUCAAAUCCGACUAUGAGGACUAGACUAGAUUUCAAGUUGGUCAUGUCUGAAGCGAAACAGAGGACUGGAUCAAAAUGUGAGGAUUUGAAAUGUAGUCCAGUCCGAAUUGGAGGAUUUGAAAUGACAUCUCAUACGAAUAAAUCACUACUUAAUUAAUUCUGAUCCAGUCCAAGAACUGAAUUAAUUUUGAUCCAGUCCUAGGACAGGAUCAAUAUACAAUCAUCAGGUAUCCAUGUGAGCAUAUCAUGUGAGCAAAAUAAAGCAAUAUGGUUGGAUAAUUUACUCAUAAAUUAUUAAUGAGUUUGACAUUGAUUAUGCCUGAACAUUAUAUAACCGAUAUCCGGUAUCUAUUCGUCAUAUUCUGUGUCCAACCGGAUAGUAAAAUUCUGCAUGUAUCCGGAAUUAUAAACACCUAGCUAAUUACAUCACCUUUUCAGAUGUUAAUGCUGAAGCGAUUUAGGUUAUUCUGGGAUACCAGUAGAACUAAUAGAGAGUUGAAGCUUCGCGUUAUACGUCAAACGGCAAACGCCAGGCAAAGCAAAUUUUUAUGGUAUCAGGCAAUAAAGAGUAAAUGAACUUCUGUUUUAAAACUGCAAUGCAUGAUUAUUCUUUCGACACAAGAAAGAAAAUAUGAAACGAAAACGUUCAACGAAAAUUUUGCCAAGAAAGUUGGAACCUGCCGUUUGCCGUUCCCGGAAACGUGAAGCUUAAACUCCUUAAUAAGUUAAAAUGCACACUCGUGUGAUUGAUUAAAAAUUUAGAUCUUCAUUUUUAAACCGAAUCAAUUGGUUUUAUUAUGUUUUCCUUGCAGAUGAAACACAUUUUAAAUCAUCAAUUUUUCAAAAGGUACGCUCUUUGUUAUAAACUUUGCUGAUAUCUGAGAGUUACUGUGCGAGAGAGAGAGAUACAGUACCAUUGCCUGAAAAAUAUAAGCAGAUUUUACGUUUCGAGCGAAGGCCCUUCAUCGAGUACGAACUUCCCGACAAAGGAACUUUGCUCGAAAGGUCCAAGUUGUGCUUAUAUUUUAAUUCACUGGCAUCGAGCUUUGUUUAAACCUCCUUUUCAUGUUUCACUUGGCAAGGGGUCCACGGGCCUUGAAAAUUCUGGAAAGUGAAUUGAAUUGGAAAAAAUUCUAGGACUGGAAAGUCCUUGAAAAUCAGUAGAAGUCUUUGAAAGUCCUGGAAUUAAUUUCCUUAACCUCCAGCGGUGCCAACAUUAGUGAUUUUGAUUAAAAUUACUGAACAAAGUGAAUUAUUUGCGGCAAAUCAAUGCCAUUUUCAAAGAUUUUUCCCAGUUCUAGGUCCUUGAAUUUACUGAAAAAGGGCCUUGAAAGUCCUGGAAAAGUCCUUCAAUUUCACCUUCACCAAAGGGUGGACACCCUGACUUGGGAAAUUGAGAGAGUACUGAGUCAGCACUCAAGCGCCAGAGUUGGUCUCGGCCAACGCCUCGACCAACUCUCACGCUUUUUCGUGCUCUGCCAAUUUCCCGCGUGCUCAAUAACACGAUUGAGCACGCCAAAUCAUGAAAAAAUGUUAAUCAAUAAAUAGAUGUCUGGAGAAUUUCCUUAAAAUUGAAUUUUACUGUUGACUGUUACGAAAAUGCCAUUAAACAUAUUUACUUUAAUUACAUAUCUACUUCUUGACCAACCCAAUAGAUCUUUUAUGAAAAAAUCAUUUUUCUAACGAGGAGCUUACGACUGGAAUACAUUACCCAACGAAAUUUUAUAUAUUCAUGAGCAAUUGUCGACAUAUUCUUUUUAAAGCAGUUCUUACUAAACACCCAUGUCGAUCCAGUGACUGUUAACAUUGCUUGUGAUAAUUUUUAAAAAAUCAUACAAAAUCAUAUUACAGAUGCUGCAAUUUUGUAAAUGUUCUCUUUUCUUUUAAACAACCCCUUUAAAAGCAGCAAUUAUAAGCUGAAGGGUUAUUGUUUGUAAAUAAGUUUUGAUAGACUGUAUAGUGCUUCCUCUAUACAUAAACGAAGCCAAUGCCCACCAUGUAGGUGUGACCAGCACAAACAUAUUGUAGUGUUGGUGACAUACCAGAAGAGGUUCUGUUAUCGGCGGGAAAGGAUAAACACUGUUAUUAUAUACACAAGGUCUGGAUAUGAGGUAUUCUGCAAUCCGAUUGGUUCUCUACUAGCAGGAUAUUAGCUCAUAUCCUGCUAGUAGAGAAAAACAAAAUGGCGGCUCAAACUGAAUUUCCGACGUUUGCGAACGAGAAAACGGCAAGUUGUUCGCUGUUUAUAGCCUAUACAGGAUUAUAAACACAAUGAAAAACUCCCACAAAUUGUUUACAAGUUAGCAAAUGAAUUUUUAAAAUUUAAAAUGGUUAAAAAUAUUUUUUUUGAAAAAAUAAUCGGCCAAAAGAGCGAAGAUAAAAACGUAUAAACAAAAUAGAAAAAUAUUGAAAAUAUUCGAAAAAGUCUGUGAAUUCAGACCUUGUGCAUAUAAUAAAACAGUUAUUCACUCACUCUCGUCGAAUGUUAGCGAUAGCAGAUUCAGCACUGUGCGCCUCAUCGGCUAUCAGCUCAAAUUCGACUCGAGUUCGUAGAAUAACUGUUAAUUAUUGUCUGAAGAGAAAUUUAUCAACAGUGGCCUCUCUUCCCCUUAAAUUUGCCCAUGAAUAGCUAAUGAGGUCACAGCAAGAUGGCUGCCACAAGUGUCAUUAUCUAGUGUUUAAAACGUUACUCGUUCGAAGAAAUAUGGGAAGCCAUAUCUUUCAACUUACAUAGAAAAAGACAUUUGCUUCAUAAUGUAUCUAUUUUGAACACGUUGCGAUCCGAUUUGCAGAGAUUUUGACAGACUUUAAAUUCUCAUCUCGUUAUAAAUAUUCCGACUUCAAAGUUUGGCUGAUUUUUUAUUGAAUUCAAAAUUUUACUCCAUCCAGUUCUAGAUCGGAGAUCAGUGUUGUGUCGGCUUAUAGGGAUUCGACUGUAUUUAAUAUUUUGUUCUGUUUUUAGUGUAGACAUACAUGAACAACUUCCCGUACAGAGAGUUGUAUCAACAGAAACCAUAUUAAGUGAGAACGACAUUGAUCCUGAUGUCUUAGCAUCUAUGAACAGUUUGGGAUGUUUUCAUGAUAAAGGAAGAUUGAUAGAAAAAUUGCUUCGAGAAGAGUAAGUGAAGUUCUAUCCGCACUUUAGCAUACUGUUCAUAAUCAGGCCCGUAACUAGCUAUUGUAUGAGUGUGAGAUUUUUUGUGAAAAAAAUGAAAACAGGAAGACUUCAAGUUUAGAGAAACCAGAUCCAGAACGAAAUUUGUUCAAUUUCUGAUGAAAGGUAGAAGUAUAGCGUCCCAAAUAUUACCACAAACACGUUUUCUAUCAUACAUCUGAUCAUGUUGGACCAAGAGUACUUGAAUUCUUAUGAUUGGACACUUGUAGUACAAUUGUGAGACACACUAUGAAAUUACUGAUUACUGAUUUUUUAUUGAAAUUGCCCCCCAGAAUGCAGGAAAUAGCGUUUCUAAAUCAAACAUUUUCUGGGGGAUCAUGACCCAACGACUCGACUCGGUAAAUCUAUAAUUCUAGUUACGGACCUGAUAAUUCAAACCAAAUUGCGCAUACUGUAGCUGUGGAAGUUAUAGCUAGGGAAUCAAUGAGCAUGGCUACCGCCAUAGAUUAAAAAAUACCUUGAGAAUUUUCAAGAACGGCGAGGUAGCUAAAAGAAACUCCAAGACGCAAGAGCGUCUCUUCAAAUCGAUUGCGAAUCUCACUUCCAUACUUGAUUAGCUUCGGAAUCGUAUAACCUCGCAUGUGAUUGGUUAUUUGUAAAAAAUAUGGCGGAAUUGACUAGAUCCAUUUGAAGAUUCCUGCGGUUGAUAAGGGUACAAUUACCUGACAAAUACAAGGGGAACUUCAAAGAAGAUUGGCUAACUCCUCAAAAUUAAAAUCUACAGGCUGAAAGAACUUAUCUAUUUAAACGCAACGAUAGAUGUUCGUUUUUCGGAAGGCUGUGUUUUUCCCGCCAUGUCAUUAUUUUUGAAGGAAUCCGCCACUAACUGUUGUUUGCUCUAUCCAUUAGGUGAUAUCCAUUAUUGCGCGUAUAAUAAUAACGCGUAGUUAUUUUCUGGUUUAUUUGAAAUUUGCGAAGGGUAAAUCCCACUUUAUGGGGAAGAUUUACAAUAUAGUUAUGAGUGUCCGUGCCAGGAAUUGUAAAAAUAUCAUAACUAAUUGAUUUCACAAACACUAUCUAUAUCACCGCAAAGUUGGAAAUGUUUUUGUGUUGUUAUUAAAUCAUACAGUGCACUGUACAGGGAAAAGUGCGCGCACUCAGGGCGGGGGAGGGGUAAUGUCAGGCUCUGAUUGCAGGGCACAUUUUUAUUCCAUAACAUUUGAGAAUAAUCAUUGCUCAGCUUUCUAUAAUAUAUAAAAAUUCUCCCUCAAAUCUUUUUUUUAUUUAUGUCUUCGGGAAGUUGCCAAGCCCUGUACAUGAUAAAAUUAAUAUACCUGCAACUUUCUUUGUAUUCUUAUAGAAAUAAUAUGGAGAAAGUCAUGUAUUACCUUCUUCUUGAGCGAAAAGAACGCCGACCUUCCAGUGCCGAUGUUGUUCCCAAGGCGAUACGGAAGGAGCAUGCUCAUAUCUUAGGCAAGUUACACCAUUAUUUCAAACUUUCUUGAAUGUCGUGCUAUCAAUGGUUGCAUGAUUACAAUACAUGGAGAGUUUUCAGCCCAGUUAGCCGGACUGAAACUUCAGCCUAGCCUAAUGCUUUUAAUCUUCUUAAAACGCAACUUGGUUUGAGCCACUCGAUUUUUGGCUGAAGCGGAAUAAUACGUCAUGUAAUCGCUUUAGCCUGGCUAAAGUAAGUUGUUGAAAAUACCAUCGCUUAAAAUGGUUUAAAUGGUUUUAUUUUUGUUCGGUUUAAUUCCCACAGUCUUGCACCAGUAAAAUACUGUCUACUAUAUUUAAAUGUUUUAAAGAAGCCAAAUAAUUGAAGACUUGAUCCGGUUCGAAUAGAAAUUUAAACUCAGCCACAAACGUAAUUUUUCAUUGUUUUGUGAUUGUAUUAAUCGGUCACCGUUAAGAAAAGCUAUGGAAUGCGGUGAUGCGUAGUGCGAAAAUUUCCCUGAAUUUAAUGGCAUCAAGAGCUUUUACUAGCCAUAUCAAGGGUGAUUUGUUGAACCAAAUCAAACUUAGCACGCCACAACGGCUAACUUAGCACGACUCUGUCAUUUUCUAUUUGUUGUUAUGUUUGAAUUCAGUUCUCUUAUAUCUAUUAAGAAUCAAAAACACCCUUCUUAACCGUGAUACUUUGACUGACAUUAGGCUGUCACCCUGUAUUAAGCCGUCACUUGCAAAAUCCCCGAGGGUGACCAUUAAAUACCGCUAAUUCAGUAUAUUUACAUGCGUGCAUUUCAAGUGAAUGUGUGCAUAAAAUUUUCUUUUUAGAUCCUCCACGAAAACGAGUAGAUUCGUGUGGCUCUCCUCGCCUCAACCGAUCACAUGAUCCGUAAGUUUAGUGAAAAUAUUCGGGGUUUUUAAGGACCACUCGAUACAGCUGAUGUUAAUGGUUUUCUGUAUAUGAGAAUUGCGAGUAAAAUUUAUACACUGUUAGUAAAAACAGAUUAGUGAAUUUGAAUUGGUUGUCUUCGAUGUACUUAGGCUAUUUGAUCAAUAUUUUAUUGAUUAAAACAACCAAAACGUGUAUGUUUAACCAAUUUUUCGGUUGUUUUGACCAAAUUUAACCAACACGACGGUUAAUUGUGAUUUUCCGCUCCGUUUUCAAACCGCUCCGAGGUAUAGUGUGAACUAUUUUAAAAGUAACUGUAAUGAUUUCUGUUUGUUUUAUUUUUCUCAGCAACGAUGUGCCACAUUUGCCUUAUCGACCACGUGCUGGAACAGACAUCAGUUCGUUCAAAAGGUAAUUUGAUAACGCUGCCUAACAUUUUAAUAUAUUUUUAUUACCACAGUUAGGCGGCCUUGUCUACCACUGUAGUUAUCUGCUUGAAGAUAAUUUAAAUUUCCUGCAAAUUUCUAUGGUCAUGUCAGAUUCGUAUAUGCAACCUAGCGAUGAUUGGUGAGAUAUGGACUCAAUGAUAUCCCGUCACAUCCGCUCAUUUCUCUUGUAUAUCCCAAUAAAGAUUGACUUUUUGCCAAGAUUGUCUUUGUGGCUAACGUUUAUAGAAUUUUCUAUCGAAACUAUACUGAUAACUCUUAUUAUUAUACGCAUUGCCUAUAUAUACAAUCUCCUUUUUGAUUGGCUGUUGGCCUACAAAUAAUUCUUGAUAUUGUGUGAUUGUGAUGUCACAUCUGCAGAUAAUAGGUUUCUACAUGUAAAUAAGACGUCAACCCUGCAGAGAAUAUUAAUCGAAACGCCAGCAAAAGCCAGCUUCUUUACAUGCAGAAAAUAUAGAGCCGUGGGGCGAUAUUUGCCUCGGUAACCGAAUGUGAUGUACAAAAUCAUGUUCAUAUAGUCUUCAGUAGGAGGUCAAUAUAUAUUUACUGUGGCGUUUAGCGGAGGACUAGUGUAUCUCUCAUCCUCAAUACGGUCUAUAUAAUGUUUUUUAUGGCUAUCCUCUGAAUUUACUGUGUACUUUUUCACGCGCUCGUCACUGAAGACGCUUUUUAAGGCCUGCGGUCAUGCACUGAGGAGCCAAAUUUCGCUCAGUACUUUGACUUCGCCAUAAAUGGUUGCGUCGUCCAAAUGGUUGUCUUUCAUCCUCUUAGGCUUGCCAUUAUUAACGUAAAUUUAUUAAAUAACCUCUUACAUUUACAAAAUUACGAUCCCUGUUAUUGCACGUCAGCCAUGUAGAGAAUAAUCGCAACGCCAGCAAAAUGCGAAACCGAUUUACAAAACCCAUUAGACAUGAACGAAGUGGAAAACACUAAACAAGCUAUACAAGCCCAUUUUCCACUAGGCGAAUUUGUUCGGGCCACUCAACGUGGGAACUGAUCCAACUUUUAGAGUUUUCAAUAAGGGGUUCCAACAGUAUCUUGGAAGGCCCUUGCCAUAGUCCUAAUACUAUUAUAUUAAAGCAAUUUUGUUUUUCACAUCUCAUUUUUGUUUCAUUUAAUUUUGAGACAUUUUUUAUAAUUGCAGCAUAGCAGCAAGCCGUACAUCAAGCGUUCCUCCUGCAAAAAGCAAAACUCCGCCAGGAAGUCCUUGGUGGUCAAAAAGACCAUGGAGGAAAAAGUCAACAGGAGACGCAUCUCAGCAACAAAGUCCAGAACUCUGUAAGUUGCCAUGCAAACUUUGAUUUAUUUAGAAACUGAAGCGCCAUUCUGGGCGUAAGCCGGGGCGAGGGUGCUAAAGCAUUUAAACUCGAAGUGUUCGGUGAUAUUUAGGAGAAUAUAGGGUUUAGAAAUCAUGCUCUGUUUAAUUUCAGUGUAAUUAUGCAAUAAAUCAAUUCAGUUUAUUUUGUUUUGUUUAGCGUCGUGUGAAAAAGAAUAUUCGUCAAAUAUCUCACUAGAUACUUCACCUAGGUAAGUAUUUUUUUGAACUGUGCAAGGGUCCAGAAGCUUCCCUGAAGUGCGAUGAAUUAUUUCUGUGUUGAUAUGACUAUUUUUACCCCUUCUAUAAUAUCCCGCCUCGGUGGAACGACAUUAUUUCUAAACAUGGCGUCUUCGAAAUGCACUUUAUUGUAAUUAAACAAACUGUACCUUAUAUAUGACGACUUUAACAGUGUCUGUUUAGGUAUAUUAAUGGUUAUUAUUAUAUGGAAAGCUUCACUUCCGGUGAAAUGGCGAACUGUGAUUGGGUGAGAAGCACUUUCAGCGGUCCAUUAUUUUCCCGUAUAGACCGGUGGUUCAUUAGGUAAAAACAAACGCAUGCAUUUUAAAACAAAACAGCGAAACUAAUUGAAAAUUUGAAAAUUAAUUUGUUAUUAACAAGAUAUCUGCGAAUGAUUUUUAGUGGAAAAGAAGGAAUACAUUGGUAUUUUUUGUUUUCUUCGACCAAAUGUGUACCACGCUACUAAUGUACAUUUCAAAUAAUGUAUUUCUUGUUUGUUUCUAAUAUAAAUGUCUAUAAAUUCCAUAUAAUAAACUUUUUAUUAACCUCGCUUGCUCGGUAUGUACAGAGGAAUUUCGGACCUCGGUCGUUUUGUACAAACCUCGCCCUACGGGCUCGGUCCGAUAUUUCUUUGUACAGACCUCGCGUUUGGUUAAUAAGACGUUAUUGUUGUUUGUAUUUUAUCAACUAUUUAUCGGUCACAAUCGGCGUAAAAUGGGGUAAAGGUGGGAUAGAGCCUUCAUGUGGAAAUUUUAUCCCACUUGACUGAGAUCCCACCUAAUGCAAGAUGCAUGAGAUAUUGCCUAGCUGGGCUGGCUCGUUUCUCAUGCGAACAGAAAUUGAGUUUUACGUGCGUUAACAAAGGAAUGCGGAUCUCACUCAGGGGAGUUUCUGGGUACAGCUGUGCUCAUAUGAACACGCCCUAAAAUACACAUUUGGUAUUUAGCUUCCAUUGUCAUGCAUGUGCGAAAUCGUAUAAAUCUCCGCUUUUGACGUCAUUAUGAGAAAGAUGUGUUUUGCACUUCACUUAAUUGAACUAGAUCUCUGCACCGAAUUACAGGCCCGCGGUUUUGAUUCCUGCCAGAGGACCUAUUAUAGUGUUGCAUUCGUUUGCAACCGUUCCUGGUUAGGUCUUAAAUUGGUUAUGCAUAUGCUCAGACACUUAAUGGAUUAUCCUCCAAACCCAGCAUUGUAAGAAAGGUCUAUUGUCCCAUAAAUGAACUUCAAGAACUGUCUUGAUUGGUCGACAGCCUGCCGGAAUGAUUUGAUACCCACCUGCUAGAUUUGAUAGCCACCUGCGAUAAGCAGUCUGAUGACAGUUUUAUUUGGCUUUUUUGGUAAUUUUUACUCAAAACGUCUGGAAAUUUUGGUCAGAGUUCAAAGUUCAUGAGAUUCAAAAUGGCGUGAGUGUAUAUUUGCGAAUAAAACAAUACGAUGACUUUAAAUCAAGAUGAAACCCCUUCGGUAAGAUAAUAGAACAGUUUCUAUAUUUUGUAAAGUCUUGUUUAUGGGACAAAAACGUUACGACAUGAUUUUUUUCGGUAAACCGCAAUUGAUAUCCAAUGGCAAUGGAAAAUCGAUAUCCAAUAGAUUUAAUUGGAUAUCGAUUUUCCAUUGCCGGGCAUUGGAUAUCAAUUACGGUUUACCUCUAUAUCAUGUCGUAACUUAUACUCCGUUGGGCGUUUGUAUAGGCUACUUUGCCAAGCUAACAUGCUUGCUUAAAGCUGGCUCGCUACACUUUUUACACAAGAAGGAAGAUUUUCUGAUUUGGUCAUAAAUUUCUGGACGAUAAUUAUUUGUUGAAAAACAAAGAGUAUCUGACUUGAACUAAACAGUAACUAAGGAGUUUUGAGUUCUUAAAAACUUCUAACAACCGCUGCUAUGGGAACAGAACGUUUUAAUACGGUGGAUAUCAGUUUAAAGUAAUUUAACUCGAAAAUAAAGUCGGUAAUCCCCAUUUCGUAUUUAAUAUAGCAUGAUUUCUUUUGGUAUUUUGAAUCAUUUUAAUGAUUAUGCCAAAAUUUUUCAAGAUUGGAAAAUGUAACAAUUCGGGACAAUUUUUUUUCCCAUGACAGAUUUUUUUAAUCAUUAACAAUAAUGAUUCAAAAUACUAAACGAAUUCUUUUUGUGAAAUCAAAAAUGGGGUUAACCGUCCUUAUUUUCAGGUUAAAUAACUUUAAACCCAAAAUAUCGACCAUAUUGAAUCAUCAUUGUUGCUAUAACAACGGCCCUUUUUUUCUCAAAAAGUCCAACUGUGUAGUUAUUUUUUUCUAGUCGGACGUUCGUUGUCUUUUAACAAAAUAGGAAUAGUCGAAAAAUUCGAUCUAAGUCGGCGAACGUCGAGAGUCUCCUUAAACAUGUAAAUAUCGGACAAAAGUUUUGCUGGACUCUGCCGGAUGUCUACUUUUUACCGGAUACCAGUAUCCAAUGUUACAUUGAUUCUUUGUUUAUAUUUCAGUGAUGUAAAGAAAUCAUGGUUCGCAUACCUCCCAUUGGGACAUUCUCCUAGCAAGGAAGAGGUAUUAAUUCCCCGUUAUGCAUUUUCAGCUGAUUCAUUCAUAUAAGAUGUAUUCAAAGUCAAAACUCAAACGUUCGCUGGAAAGUCAUGCAGUAUACUCUAUGUAAUUCAUAGCUCGACAGUCGUAGUUGGGGUUCCUACGUCAGACAAGCCGUGUUGUGGUAUCGGCGAUUUGUCGUUGACGAAUUCCCGUCAUUUUCGCCUAUUUCGGAUUUUAUUUGCUAGUCUAACGCUGUUGUUACGGCAUUACUUGUAUUUAAUUAGUAUUUUUGCACAAGUGAAUAUAACAAAUCCUUGCCUAUAAUUUCCAUAUUGUUAUUGUAAAAAAGUGAAAUGACAAUAUGCAAAUUAGGUCAAUGCAUAAAUUAAGCAUGCGUGAAAGGCAUUGGUUCCAAAAAUUAAAGUUUCCGCAGCUAUUUAAAGGCCAUGUUACACGAUGCAAUUUUUCUUGCAACUUGCAAUGCAAUUCUACUCUUGAGAGAUGUUAAUUAGUGAAAUCAGUGAAGAAUUUUCGAUAUGUUGAGAGAACAUCAGCGGAGUGUAAUGAAGACUCGUAUUUGGCAAUUUUACAUCUCUCAAGAGUAGAAUUGCAUUGCAAGUUGCAAGAAAAAUUGCACCGUGUAACAUGGCCUUUAAGGACUUAAAAUUGAGCAAAUUUACUGAUAUUUGGACCAUUAAUAAAACACAUAACGAACUUCUCGCCCAUGAACUCGAAAUGCGUUUUUAAGCUUUUAAAAUUUUGCGCGCAAGCUAUUUUUGAUGCCGAUAAAAAAGACACCACCCCCCUGCUCUGGAAAAUUUAUCUUUACUAAUUUUUUUGUUUAUUCUACAUUACAAGUACUCAAACAAUCUAUAAAUUUGUCAAAAAUUUCAUGACAUGAACGGAUUUGUGAAAUUGAGAGCCGUGGUUUGAAUUUUAUAUGAUGUAACACCCGCCCCUUGUAGAAAUCAGCUCAGAGUUGUUGGGGCUAGCGUGUGAUUUUUAAAUGAAGAUUUACCAUUUGCCUACUUACCUACCUACCCAGUACCUGCCACCUACCUAUACGUACCUAAUUCUAUAAAAACAUACUGGCAGGUUCGGUGAGUCCGGGAUUGGACGCACCUGGGGUGGCUGGAAGUUUGGUUUUUAUCUCAUUUCCCGAAGUUUGGUUUUUAUCACAUGCCAUUUCGAUAAAAUACUAAAAAGUACUGAAGAAUUUUAUACGCUUUUUAGUAUACUGUAAUUUCGUGUUUGGAUAACGAACAUUUUAGCAGCCAACAUAGUACGCAAACAAACAAACUUAGGCUUAUAUUAAAGCUAAACAAAUUCUCUACAAUAUUCCCUUGUUGUUGAAAAGAGAAAAUGAACACAUUCUGCGAAAACAAUGCCAAGAUUUAUAUAAACCUACCCGUGCCAAACAAAUUUCGGCGGCCAUCUUUCUUGUCUUCCACUUUGAAUACAGAAUCUUCCAUUUUCACCGAACAAAAUAAAAAAUAUAAGAAUUAUAAAACAAUUAAAAACAGUUAAUUUAUUUUUUAUUUAAAUCUUCGUCUGAAAUUUGUUCAAAUCGCUUCAUAAUGGCCGCCGCCGAAACAUCGAUCUCGAACCCACCUCCUAAACAUAGCCAAUAGGAAAGCCGCUAAUACGCUAGGUAUGAGAUAAAAUGGCAAACCCACCAGAAUUCAUUUUCUAUUAUUAUUUUAUACUUUGCAUUGCAUUGUGUUGUAUUUUAUACUAUAUUAUAUCUUUUACUUGACAUUGUCGAAAUUAUGAUAAAUUUACACUUUCUUCUUGUGUUUUUUUGUAGCCAUUUUUUAUUGUUAUUAAAGAAAAACCACUCGGUACAAUCAAAGCUGACAUUGUUCAUGCUUUCUUAACCGUAAGUUUAAAUUCUAAUUUAUUGUUUUCUUGCUUCAUUUUGGGUUCGAACUAAAUCCGGAUCCUUCCUCCUGCCGAAGAAAACGUGUCUAAUUGUUUUCGUAUCAAAUGAGUGCGACUGUAGCUGCCACGUUUUUUGGGCGAGAGGAAGGAUGCAAGUGCGAUUUUGGUAAUCGUCGUGGGGUGAGAGUCCGACCCUCGCUUCUUGCUGGAUCGUCCAUGAUAAUUAAGAUUUCAGUUUGGCUGAUAUUGAUCAAUGGCUUUUCACGUGCAAGUGAGUCAGGGCUCGAAUUUUAUCGCGGCAACUGCCGUAGAGGGAGAACAAAAUGCCGUGGAUCAUUGCGGCAACGACGGCAAUUUUUUGCAGUAUAGUGCAAUUUUUAUUCUAUUCACUGUGCAUUACUACUUUGAUACUUCAAUUCAGAUGUUCGUCAAAUCAUGCGUAAACCACUAUUUUAGUCUAGUUUUCUUCAAAAUAAAAACACUAAAGAAAUACGUAGACACGUUUCUAGCUUGUCAAAAAUCCAAAGUAACAAUAAAAUUAAAGUUUUAUUACAGUAAUUUGACAAAUGCUGUGGAAACUGCCAAAAUUGCCGUAGACAGCUGUUACGUUCUACGGCAAUUUUAACGCCAUUGCCGUCGAUUGAUUUCAGGGAAAUUCGAGCCCUGAAGUGAGUUAUGUUUGGUUAUUACUAAUUGACUGUUCGAGAUCGUAAUCCUCUAUCAUUUGUAGAUGAAAUUUCGAAUGUCAAUUAUAUAUACACAUUUUUAAACCUAAGCAAGAGCAGUUGUGAAAAUUGCGAGCUAUAUGACGCAGUUGGUUAGAGCGCUGCACCGGAAUCGCACGGCCACGUGUUCGAUUCCUGUCGGAGGGCAUGCAUGUAGGCCGGUACUUGCAUUUUUCGCAGCUUCUCCUGGUGUAGGUCUAAAUUAAAGAUGAUUUCCACUCUGUUCUGCGCAUCAGUUCUGCUCAUAACAAAGUGGGACCCCUGAUAUAAAGAUUUGCAUCUUUUGAACUUUUUUGAAUUGAAACGUACAGUUUAUAUUCAUUUACAAGCAUGGCGAACCAGAAAAGUGUUAGAUAUUCAGUUAGUAUAUCAUAUUUUACAAAUAUAGCAGUUCAAAACGUAAACAAAGUUCGCACAUGCGCACACGAGUGGACAUCAUCUUUAAGGUUACAGAACACCUUUGAGUGUUAAUUUGCCUAAAUUUUAUUAUUGGUUGCCAUGAAAGCAUUAGACUAGUUCUACUAUUUGACCAAGUUUGAACGAAAAAUGUUGAAAACUCGCGCAGAGUUAUUUAAUAAAAUACAUUUUGCUGCAAUAAGCGGAAUGACGAAAUAAACAAAGAUUUCCGAACGCAAUUUUUUAGAACAACUAUUUUACUGUAUAAAAAUUAUAUUUUCAUAAAUAUAUCUUAAAACCAGCAGCAAAACAACUCAAAAGCGUAAAGGUACGCGAUUUAAGGUUUUCCUGAAUAAUUUCAACAUUAUUUUAUUGUUUGUCAAUUUUACAACUUUACCUUUUUUUUGCAUGCACUUGCAAACAUUUGGUAAAACUGUCAUUUAUGCGUACAGUAAAUUUACACUCGAAAAUCGAAAUUUCGAGUCUCUAGCUCCGUUGAUUGGAGCGCUGCACCGGAGGCGUAGUGCCACAGGUUCGAAUCCUGCCAGAGGGCCUAUCGUUGUAUUUUUCCAACUGAUACUCAUAGUGAUUGGGUCUGAAAAUUGUAUAUAAACCUUUUGCUCAAAAUUCCAUGUACCAAAAACUCAUAUUACAAAAAACAGCAUUUUGAUUGGCUUCUCAUCCUUGGACCAUUAAGCCACGGACCGCGGUUAAUAAUAAUAUUUAUAAUAUAGCAUUUGUAAAUUCUGAACGCUGAUUGGCUAAGAGCCGUGUUGAUAUGACUCCAUGUCAACACGGGAAAUUUUCCGCCGCUUGUAACACGGAAAUUGUUCUUAUUCUUCGGGCUUUGACAUUGCUAUAUUAUAAAACAAAUAUAAAACAUUUUUUCCGUAUUGAUAUAUAGUUAUAUCAACACUCGUGGAAGUUGGGAAAACUCGAAAUUGUGUGAAAACACGCCCUUCGGGCGUCGUGUUUCCACACAAUUUCUCGUUUUCCCAAUUUCCACUCGUGUUGAUAUAACUGUAUAUCAACACGGAAAAUGUUUUAUAUUUGUUAAAUAGAGGAUAUUAGACGGUUGCGAGGAGAUAUGGAUUUUAUUUCCAGUGGCAAAAACAAUAUACAAGGCUUUUUUCUUUGUGUGCUUUUUGAAAAAAGCUUUGUUUAUACAAGGCUUUUUUCUUUGUGUGCUUCGAGAUUUCCCCCCCCCCCUGAAAACAACUUCCUUAUAGUUUACGUGUUAAAUUUUGUCUUUGCAUUUUUACAGUUAUUUGUAAAGGGUUGUUUUGCGUUCAUUUUAUACAACUGUAACGUUUUGGGAAACUAUAUUGUUUGCAAUUUGAAAACAUGAACUAUUCUCUCACAUCUCUCUUAAUUGUGCCAUUAUGAGUGUAUUCAAUAUUCAACGCUUCAAAUUGUUUCAGAUACCACAUGUCACGCACCACGUCACAUCAUCUACAACGUUCACGGCCGAAUACGGUAAACACAAAGGUACAGUAUCGUGAAAAGCUCUAUAUGCUAACAUAUACACAGCGUGAAAUCAUUUUCUUAUUUUAAGACAAAAAAUACUUAUUUUGAGAAAUAUUUUGAGUCUUAAAAUACGAAAAUUUUACUUGGGAGAAUACGGAGGAAAAUUUUCCUUAAGAAAAUUCCGUAAGAAAGUGUAUCUUAAGGCAAGAAUUAUUUUCUUGUUUUAAGAAAUCCAUAAGAAAAUAUUUCUUAAGGAGGCUCCUUACAGUUAUUCUUGUUUACGCAAUAAUUCCGUAAAACAGGCUUAUUCGUGCAGAACGCGAAUUCUUUUCGACUUGGUGGCAAUAUUGGUCACCUAAGGAAUAUUUCGAACUAGAUUUCGACAACGUCGGUGUUCCCAUGGCAACAUGACGACAGCAUAAAGCCUUCCAAUUUAACCCAUAAAUGUGCCGCUAUCUCAAAAACGAUGUCGGUGACCUAUCUUUUUUAUUUCAUAUAUCAAUAGGGAAUGAUGCUAUGCAACUGUGGUGAAAGUUUAAAAAAUUCUGUAGUGUGUGAUUUUUUAAAAGCGAAAAUUUUAUUGCGAAAUUUCCACACUAAAGAGUUUUUAACAAUUGGAAUUUAUAAAAUUUACCGCAAAAUAAAUUCGUGGUCAAAAUUUGAAGAUUGGUCACCGAUGAAACUAAUGAGUAAAAUGCAAAUAAAGUUAGAAAAUAGCCUCGUGUAACUCGAGAAAUUCCCCUUAUUGACAGGUGGACGUGUUUUCUUGUUUCAUGUUUGGUUUUGUACUUUUUGCUAAAAAUGAACAAUUAGGCUAUGAAACUGAAAUAUUUUUCUGUUUACAUAUAAUCACUUUAAUCUUGUAGACACACGACUAAAAACGUGAACGUUUUCUUGAGAAGCAAACAACUUUUUGAACGUUUGUGUCCAAUUUGGCAAAUGUUUUACAGUUGACAGUGUAUAUUUAAAAAAAAUAAAUAAAAACAUUGUUUCGUAGCUAUUUUUUGGUCUAGUGAUAUAAUUCGUAUCAUAUGUAGAAUUGCUGUAUAGACUCGCAAGUGAUUUGGCACUCAAAACGAGGUAUUAUUCGACGCUUUUUUCCAUUAGAAACCUUUUUGUUUUGUUUUGCUCAUGCGGUUGCGUGGGAUAGUUCAGGCACUGGUCGCGCGAACAUCCCGCACGCUACUCCUUAAAUUUAAACAAGAAAUAAUUUCAUGAAAUAAGACAUUUUUUCUUGUGAAGAAAGUGACUCUUUGCUGUAUAUAUGAACAUAUGGUAGCUUCUCAUUAUACAAUAUAGAACUUGAUAGAGAUUGCUUCAUGGAAAUUCGCUGUGAAAACAAAUGUGUUGAAACAACCAACAAAUUGGUUGCCGCAGAUCCAUUUUGAAUUUGAGAUAACCAAUUUGUUGGUUCUUUUAACUGGUUCUUUUACAGUGAACUGCUGGCGGCCAUUUAUUCUCCCAAAGCGAGCUAGCGAAUGCAAUGAGCAAGUUAACUUAGUUUUGUGAAAACAAAAUAACAAGAGCGAAAAUACAAUGCAGAACCACUUCUGAUGAACAAAUUUGUUUAUAUUAUAAGCACUGAGAUUUUUCUUCCAUUGAAAUAGUACAGCCGGUUUAAUUUCUCAUCUUUGUAUACAUACUGUAAUAACUAUAUACUUGUUUAAUGAACAACAUGAAUUAAUAAUUCAUAAAAAGUAAUCUACAUGCGCGCUAGGAAAAUUUCAAUAAAAUAACGGCGACUCAAAACAUUGAGUAUUGUUUUAGUGAAGUAAAUCUUUACUCGAACAAUUGAGUAAACGUGAAACUUUACUCAAAAAUUGAGUGAAUUUGCUUAAUAAAUUUGAGUAAUUUUACUCAAAAAUGUUAAGUCACUACAGCUCUGGGUGCAUUAUUUUACUCCAGUUUGUGAAGCGAAAUACUUUAACAUAAGUAAAACCAUUCGUAGAACUCAGUUUCUAUAAAUCAAUGAUCGAUCAAAUACAAAAUCUUUGGGCUUCCGACUGGUCUGGGCUGAUCAAAUCAGUAGAAGGUCCAUAUUUGCCAGAUUUUCAACGAGCCUGUACCAGAUCUGGUUUUGCCAUUAAAUGGAAAGGGCCCGUUGGCUACUCAUGAUGCUUUCUGGGAGAUGCUUUUCCGAGGGAAAAAUACUUCGGAAAUUCUGUACGAAGUCGUACGAUCUUUAACUAAGUUGGCGUACGGUCAAUAUUAUAUGGAUUGAAUUUUCCAUGCCCACCAAAAAUCAGCUAUGUAACUAUAACACAUUUAUUGUAUCUGGUCUUAUAGGCUAGUUGUCCUGCGUGCAUAUCAUAUAUCAUAUCAUACCAUAUAUAAUGAGAGAUCAAAAAGUUGAGCGACUACACCCUUUAUACUCAACAGUGAAUAAUCCAGUAUUGUUAUCAUUGUCAUUUGUCAGGGUUUUUUUUAUCAACCACAGGUAGUUCUAUGUUCCGAAAAUCUGCAAGGAUAGAUGUGAAUAUAGAGGAAUCCAGAGACCUUAAGGAAUGCAAGAGUGCACGAGGUGUUUUCACCGUGAAUGUGAAAUUAGUUUCAGGUGAGUUCUUCCCACUAUCCAAAAACGACGACUGGAUAAACCUUCCUUUUGAAUUCAAUGAGCCAUUUUUUGAAGCCAGAACAUUUUCAAUAAAGAGUAACUUUUAUAAACCUGUAAAUACCCUUCAAAAAUCGAAUCGUUACAUGAUGGAAUUAGUCUUACCAUGGUAUGAAGCAAAUGUCGUUUGGUAUACGACUUUAGAAAUAUAGUUUAUAACUCUUAUCUCUAUUCUGUUUUCUUCCAAAAAUAGAAUAGAGAUAAAAUGAGUAUUAACAUCAUUGUGAAGUCAUCAAGCAAAAGCUCAAGUGAUCACGCAACUUCGUUAAUGAUUGCAUUUUAAACCAUGGUACAUGGUUGAAGAAAAAGAUGACGGAAAACCUUUGUUUUGCAAAGGUUUUGAGGGAAUUUUGUCGAAAAUUAUUUCUCCGAAGAACAAAAAAACUACAAAAAAUGAUCUGAAGACGUUUAGUGGUAGGGAACAACGUAAAUCUCCUGUUACUUGCCAAAAAAAUAACACGAAUACAGAAUGGAAUUACUGACCGCAUUUUUUGUCCAUAUAUUACAAGCAAAACCGAUUAAUUUUCAGCUGCUUAUAUAAUUCCUUAAUCAUGUUUUCCUCGUCUUUUAAGUGUUUCUUUAUCUAAAUGUUAUUUUAUGUUAAGUGCAUGUAUAUAACAGAAAUAAUUUAAUGCCCUUUAAAAGUUUUUUUGUGUGCUUCAGCAUUUCCCGCCUAAAAACACUUUACCAUAGGCGUAACAAUUUAGUUUAUUGGGCAGUCGGGCAAAAUUCGAUCAACAGUCGGGCAAUUUUGGUUUGUAAUAAAAAUAAAUGGGACAAAUUCUGUCAAUUUAGCGGAAAUUCAGUCGAUUUUGUGGUCAUUUUUGUGUUGUUUCGAAAAUUUGUAUGAUGUUCGGAAAAAUUUUGGUAUGUGCGGAAAAAUUUUUGGACCCCUAAAAUGGUACACUGACCGAAAUUUUUUUGGCGACGGUGGGGGGGGAGGUCGCCAAAAUAAUUUUUCCCGAAAAAAUUUUUUCGGUACUAGUCGGCAAAAAUCCGGAAAAGUCGGGCAAAUUUCUUUCAGCCCCCCUAAUUUUUUCCUUCCGGUACGCCCAUGCACUUUACUAACUUAUAGUUAUAGCUUCGAGUUUUUUGAUAAAUUUUAAAUGUAAGAUUUUGUCUAAUAUGCAUUUCAGGUGAUAGUAUUGUUUUUCACAGUUAUUUUGUCGUGUAUUUCAUCGAUUUCAACGACAUUAGGAUUGCUUUUCGUGCAUUUUGUACGUCUUUUUUAACGUAAACGUCUGCGACAUGUCGGAAACCAUGUUGUUUACAGUUUGAAAACAUCAUUCUUAAGUUCUGGAUUUUUAGGCUUGUUUCGUCCUCUUAUACUGUUAUAGUUAUCAAAACAUCGCUUUUAUUUUUCCUUAAUAUUAUGACUGUUAUACAUAAUAUAAUGUAUAUAAUAUUUUUUAAAGCUCACGAGCUGUGUAUUUUUGAAACUUUGUUUGGGGUUGUUUGCAAAAAGUAAACAAAAAGCCGCAGGCGAAGCAUGUGAAGGUUGAAAUAAAUCAUUCAAACGCUCGUGCAUCCAUGCUUUUAAUUUUUUAUUUAUAUCUUUCCAAUUGUGCUGGGAGUUUGUAUGUUGAGUAAGAGUGUAUACUAAAACAAUUAGACAACUCGCGGUCUCGUUUUCUAUGCUGAAUAGUCAAUUCAGGCUACAUUUCGUUGACUAUCGUUGUCCAUGGCGAAUACUCAACUACGCCUCAUUGUCUAUAUGGCGAAUAGUUUGGGAAUUGAAUUCGUUGUCUAAUUGUUAAAUGAGCAGGCCGCUAUAUCUGGCUGGAGUCGCUGGACCAAUUCCUGCUAUUCAUACCUGCUUUGUUAAACGUAUAUAUACAUGUUACUUGAGCUGUUACGAAGUACUGUAGUUCGAUAAUUCGUUUUUGAAUGUAGAUAGCUCGUUAAAACGGUUGGGUAUUUUAAUGAUAAUUUUCGCUUUGGGUUUCACUCUUUGUUUGCUUCCUAGCCUAAAACGUUCAACACAGUUUGUUAAUCUACAUUUUCAGAAACACUUGCUAUAACUUUGGCAACUCUGUUGAAAUGCUUUUGCAGGCCUACAUGCAUAUAUGGAUCAGGUUUCACAACAGUAACCUGCAUGGAAGAUAUAUAAUAGAACAAUAUGAUUCUAGACUUGAAGAAAUAAAACAGUCACCUUGAAAUUUUCAAUCGUUUGAGUUGCUAAAAAAAUCUGUUAUUUACCUAGCUUAAGAAAUGAUAAAUUUAAUGACAAAAAGACACACGCUAAAUUCACAGUGUUAGCAACACGGGUAUAAAGUAUGGAUUCCUUUUUCCAACAAAGACUGAUACUGGUGAAAAACAAAUUUAAACUGUUAACAAAUUCAAAAGUAAAACAUAAGUAACUAUUUUUUGUCAAGUCCGCGUACUAGAUUGAGAACAUAUUAAGCUUCUUCAUGCAAGUCGACGUCUUAUAUACUCCGUUGACUUUUUAAAUAUUCAUUUCUUCUCUACAAUAAUAUGACUUUCAUUGCAUUACUGCUUGCUUAAGGUUCUCAAUAUUUUAACACAACCCCAACAUUUCAAAUGUGCUCACAAAAUUUUUGAAAUGUUAUUGCAGUAUUUUCAUUUAUUUUUAUCAGUGAAAAUGAAGCAAUCUGAUUGGCUGGGGAGCAUCCGGCCCGCUCUGAAACGCAACUGCCCGCUGUGAAAUGCAACUGCCCGCUCUGGGUUUCGCGCCAAAGACCGAGGAGUGAAACCAUUUUUAAACGAAAAAAUCUGCCAAAAAAGUUUGAAAAACAUAGCCUAACGAUAGUCAGAAUACGAAAAUGAAUUGCAUCAAGCCCUAAAGACUUCAUACUAAGAAUGAUGUUCAUCAGAAUUGACAAUAUUUUGAUAGAAAUGCGACUGAAAGUUGGAAAGUUAUUUGACAUAUAUAAAACUUACGGCGAGAAAACUAUACAUUUUUUAAAUGCUCGAUCAUGUAUUCGGCCACUUAAAAGCGAAAAAAUUACAGCUUAAACAGAUAUUGUAAAAUAAAUGUUUUCCCAUUUAAAAGAAGGUUUAACUGCAGCAGUAAAAACAAGUCACGAAUAUAUUCUCUGCCCAUUUGUGUCAUGCAUUUUUAACUGAUAUAAAUAUAAUUGUAAACAAAGUAAAAAUUUGUGUUUAAAAACACUUUUUUCAAGCAUAUUAUCGUGAAACGACAAGCAAAAAUACAAAAAUAUAAAAAUAACAUAUCUUUUUCAUUGUUUUUUAGUAGAAAAACGUUGAUUAAAUCAAAACAGAUUCAUUUUUAUAUGUUUUUGAUCGGAUCUGAAUUUGAACCUGUCAUUGUCAGGAGCAACUGAUUUUGCCAAAGCGAAAACGCCAGGCAUAAAAGUUUUUAUUCCAAAGCUUCUCUGCUACCAUAUUCAAGAAAAAAAGCAUGUACAUUUUUACUGAAACUAUAUGCGUCUUUUUGUGUGUUUCUUGCCAGUUUUUUCGAGUUUUCGUAUUCGUGUUUUAUAUCUUUCAACUUUUCAAUUUUUGUCAGCCUCGCUUUGAAAAUACACAACUGCACUGAUCUCAAAUUUCUCAAAUUAGUUCGCAAGCAACAGUGGAAUUUUAAUGAAUUUAAUUUUUACAUCUGAUAAAAAAUAAACACGUUAUUUACCGGUCCGGAUGAGAAAAACUGUGCCCUCGGUCUUGAAAACGUCCCUCGCCCCUCGGGCACAGUUUUUCUAAUCCGGACCUCGCAGCCGGUAAAUAACAUAUAUGUAAUUUUCGGAAGCUCUUUUAACCGUGUUUUCCUUAUUUACUAGGUUCAUCACAGAAGUUCAAGAAACUUUGUGAAAAACUUCAGGCAAUCUUACUUUCGCAUGACCGCUCUCCAGAGAAAAGUCGUCACAGCACAGCUAGUAUUGGAGGUAGUUUAAUUGACGGAAGCAGAAAGAAAGAAGAACGACCAACGAUGUCAAGUGCAUAUGUUGUAUCAGACAGUGAAAGUGAAGGAGAUUCGCUAUGUUCCCCUGACAAGGAAGGUAAUCGUACGUAAAGAAACGAAUUUACAAACAUAAUGUUCAAAAACGAUCGUUCACCAGAUGUUGAUAAUCGUACUAAGGUAUUCACGAUCUACGAAGUGGAAGCUCGCAAAACAAAGGAUUUUUAUAGGAGACAAAAAUCUUUGACGCCAAACGUAUCCUCCAAGUGUUGUCAUCUAUGAGCCUCAAGUAAGCUCGUUGCUUUAAUUUAGGCAUAAACAAUUGGAAGGAAGUCUAUGCUUUAAGACCUUUGAGGUGUAAGUCAAUAGACGUGUUUUGAAAAUUCGACAAUCCAAGCAAGCGUCUAUAAUAAUUAGAAUGUUAUGUUGAGACGACUUCGCACAAAUAAUUUAAAUUGUACUUAUUAUUGGUUGUUUGCAAUCAAUUCAUUUGGAACUCAUUGCAUAUACCGUGCAGAAAUUUUCGUCAACAUUAAAAAUAACAAUAGGAUAGAAGAAAGACUUUUUCCGUCUUUCAUAUAUUAAUAUGGAAGACAGUUAAAGACAAUGGUUGCAUCUAAAAACUUAAAAUGACAUCUGAUUGUCUAGCAUAUCAUGUUGUACAUCGUAAACGGUUUAUUAUAUAGGGUGUAUCAAAAAAGGUACAAGUUUGCCAUGUUUAAUAUCGUGCGUCAGGUAUAAUAAAAGUUUAUACACUUACUUCUCUCUGCCAAUAAUGGACUGUCAAUUUAGUCGUCAAAACGUCAAAUGACACCAUGUUUGUAUCAUUGCGAUCACAAAUGGCCAUUCGAUCCGAUUUAGAAUGGCCAAUUUGAUUAUUUCUUAAAUUGGAAGGUGAAAAGCUUUCAAUCCGCGAUUCCCCUUAUUACGUUUUCGUAGCGCUUUGCAUUGUGGUUAUAGUGUUAUCACUGAUAUUCAAGAUGGUUUAUUUUUUGUCCUGAGCCGUGCAAGAACUUUUUAAAAAAGCUAGGGUCAGGUGCGCGAUAGCCAACGGCAAAAUAUUCUCGAAAGCGUUCAAUAUUUUCAUUCGAGGCCGCUAUCUUUAUCAGUAGUGAUACCACUAUAACCACAAUGCAAAACGCUACGAAAACGUAAUAAGGGGAAUCGCAAAUUGACAUCUACAAAGACCUGUCCGUGAUCUUAUUGAAAAAGAAGUAAAUCUAUAAACUCAGUAUUUACAGCACUAGACAUGCCAUGAAUUACCUUUCUUGAUACUGCCUGUAUGACUAAAUUUGCAAGUGAAUCGGGUAUAUUCAUCCACUCCGAGUCCCAGACAAACACCUCAAAGGAUUAGUGUUACAUGAAAUCAUGGGCUUUUGUUACUGUUUUUAUUCUACCGAAAAAAUACCUUGUUUGGUAUGUUUCCAAUAAGGAUUCGACAAAGGAAGCAAGGAUUCACAAAGGAUGGUUGAAAUGUACGUUGGAUUAGAAAAAAAUUUCUAGAUCUAUUGAUCUACUCCGCCCAUAAAAUGGUCGCCAGCACGAAUUUGAGCCCGCAAUGCCAUGGUGUGACAGUAAUCCUUUCAUAAGAAUUUUAUAGUCAGUUUAAAAACUGUGUUAAAUAAAUUAUUUAUUGCGGAUAGGGAUGGUACCCUUUUGAUAGCCGAUAUCUAUUUAACCAAAUGUUUAAUUGUAUACCAGUAUUGUAAAUAAUUUGUUAUCGACAUCGUUUGUCGACUUAAUUUAAUGUAGAAGGAAUAGAAAUGUUAUUUAAAAUUUAAUUUGUACGUACUGUAGAGAAAUGUUAUUCCUAAAUUAUAAUGCAACUGUUCUUUAAAUGUUAGCUUACACCAUGUUUAGGCAGACCAUUGAAAGUUGG